AUGUCGAAUCCAUACUCUUUCACGACAGAAGAUCGAUGGUUAACAAUGGGCGACGGUGUUCGACUGUCUUGUACGCUUGCAGUACCCAUUCCUAAACAGACAGACGAGAAAUUUCCGAUACUCCUGGAAUACAGACCCUAUCGAAAAGAUGACAGCUUUUACAAUUAUAUUCAGCCAACUAUUCACUAUUUGGUACGACGAGGUUUUAUCGUAGCAAAUGUAGAUAUUCGUGGUACAGGUUCAUCUGAAGGUGUUCUGAUCGAACGUGAAUAUACAUCACAAGAGUUAGAUGACGGUGAGCUUGUGGUUGAGCUACUUGCUCGUGAUCCUCGCUCUAAUGGUCGUGUUGGAAUGCAUGGCUUAAGCUGGACAGCGUUUAAUUCUCUCAUGAUGGCCACAUUACGGCAUCCACCGGCUCUUCGAGCUAUUUUUGCAGCACAUGGUUCUGAAGAUUUGUACAAGAAUGAUAUUCAUUUCAUGGAUGGUAUUCUUCACCAGGAUGAAUACAUACUUUCUGUUGACCAUGAAAAUGCUUUACCCGCCCCGCCCCAGUAUAUCAUGGAUGAAAAAUGGAUAAAGGAGAGAUUCACAGCGAGACCAUGGAUAGAUGUCUAUCUUGAACAUCAACUUGAUGGUGAAUUUUGGCAAAAACAUUCAAUUAAAUAUGCCUAUGAAAAUUUCACCUUACCUGCCUAUCUCCUGGCCGGAUUUUACGAUGGCUAUAAGGAUUUUGCAAUGAAUAUCUAUGAAAAUGCUCGUAAAGCAUCAUCAAAGAUCAAAGUAGUGGUCGGGCCAUUUGUCCACGCUAUGCCUGAUGCUUCUCAUCGAAAUCCAGGUCCUGGCUAUGAUGGCAAAGCUGAAAUGGUUCGUUGGUUCAAUCAUUGGCUCAAAGAUAACGAUGAGACCAAUGAUAUUAUGGACGAGCCUGAUAUUACUCUGUUCAUGAGAACGAGUCUCACUACGGGUGCCUAUCGAUAUGAGUCGGAAUGGCCUAUUACACGAAGGAAGAUACAACGCAUGUUUAUAUCCAGUGGCAAAAAGCUCAUUGAAAAAAUAGGAGAAGAUACGGCGGCUAUGAGUGACAUAGAUACUCUCGAAUAUCGUCCAUGGGUAGGUUUUGAAGGUGGAGAAUGGUGGGGUUCUGCAACAAUUGAUCAACGUCCAUUUGACGAAUACUGUCUUGUUUACGAUAGUGACCUAGUUGAUAACACGAUUGAAAUAGCUGGCUAUGUUGACGUAUCACUUCAGGUCAGUGCUACUGCCCCUCUGGCUCACUGGUUUGUACGUCUUGAAGACGUCGAUAUUGAUGGCCAAGUGUGGUUUGUGACGGGUGCUGCUCUUAAUGGAGCUCAACGAACAAUACCUUCGACUUUUCUCGAACCAAAUCACCCAUACACUAUCAAACUGCAGCUUCAUUUUACCACAUGGACAUUCUUUCCUGGACAUCGUAUUCGUGUUGCUAUUUCCAAUGCAAUGUAUCCUGCUUUCUGGCCAUCUCCGUUUUCUAUGAACACCUCGCUUUAUCUGGAUCCUCUGACUACAUUCAUUGAUUUGCCAACAAUUCCUGGUUUGCUGCCAAUAUCAGCACCACCACCACCACCAUUCACACAAAAACAGAUCGAACCCGAAUAUAUCUUUUCAGAAGCAUUCUCAGGUGGCCGACCAUCAAAAGCUGAAAAGUUUGAUAUAGUGUCUCACAGAACACUCAUAUACGAACAGCUUUCAUAUGAACUUCUACCAAAUGGCUGUUUUAUAUCGGCUCUUAUGGCAGAAAACUUUACAGUUUCACGUACAGAUCCAGCUGACCAAAAAUGGACGACACAUGCAAGACAAGUCUAUGUAUUUGAUGUUAAUGGGUAUCUAUCAAUUGAUGACAUACCAAUUAAAGAUGAAGAUGAAUCAGUCUAUCCGAAUCUUGAUCUGUCAGCUAGACGACAUUUUGAAUUGCGAACAGAUUUGACUUUUUACUCAGAUCGAGACUACUUUUAUGUAAAUCUGAAACGUCAGCUGUUCCAUCCAGAUGGUACAGCUAAUUCAUCCACCAUCACAUUUGAAUUCAACGGGAAACAUAAAAGACAAUUUCAAUAA